CUCAUAUAUUUUGUAAUUGGUGUUUGUGAGGUCAGUAAACCGUAAAGCCAGGUAGGAUAGUAGACUUUAUCAGUUUUGUCUAAGAAGGCAUUUAGUAAACCAUUACGGUAAUAUUUAUUAAUCGUCACCUUGGUUAUUUGAAACGGCUAGACCUGUAACUGCCCGUCAUGCAGAGAUGCAGCUCGGACCUGCCGAUAUGAUUCAGGUAUGAAGGAUGUGCAAAAAGUCCAAGUCAAAACCAUGAAAAAGCAAAGUCUGGUACAAUGAAAAAAUCAAAGUCUGGUUGUGAUUCUGGCCUACAGCAGAGUCACAACAAAAAACCUAAAAAGAAUCAUGGAUCAACACCAGGUACUCCAGGUCAGAAAGCAGAAGAAAAGAGCCGGGCAGUUAUUAAGGAUGCCUGUUUUUCUGGACCUGAGAGAAGCACUAAUUCUUCCUGCACUAUGCAAAAACAACAUGCUGAUAAAAAGCCCAGAUCUUCAUCCCAAGAACAUUUGAUGAAGACAUCUUCUGCUGAAGAUGAGAAAAGUGAUUUGGACCUUUACAGAGGAGAAGAGGAGAUAGCAGAAGAGCUGAAGAAGCAGCACCAGCCAGACUCGGAGGCUGUUGUUGAAGCUCAGAGCAGCGUGUCAGCAGCUGAGGAUCUUCAGACAUACAGCGAGAAAGAGUGGAGAGGCAACACUACUAAAAGUCAACUCAUACGAAAAGGAUAUGAAGCAAUAGCCAGUGAGUUCCGUCUAUGCAGAGUAAGAGGUGAUAAUUAUUGUGCUCUAAGGGCGACGCUUUUCCAGGUGCUGAGUCAGUCCAAAAAGCUUCCUGCCUGGUUACAGGACUCUGACAUUGUUAAGUGGCCAAAAGAAUUGCAUUCUGAUGAGAAUUUCUUAAAAGAGUGGCAGUUUCCACUUGAAAGCAAGAAGAACAAUGUGCAGCAUCUUGAACAGUGUCUGGACCUACUGAAGAAAAAGUGGCAAGAGGCAGUCCAGUGUAAAAGUCUUGCAGAGAGGGAGCGCAUGAGCCAGCAGGUGUUCAGAGGUCUUAAUGAGGAGUAUGAACUUCUGGAAGCUUUAAAGUUCUUGAUGCUCAGGACUGCUGCUCAAUUACACUUAAAUAUGGAGAAAGGCUCUGAUGUUCCAGAGUUCUGCUGGCUCCUCUUCGCUCGGGACUCAUCUAAAUGUCCUAAAACCUUCCUCACCAACCACCUGAGACAUGUAGGCUUCAGCGGUGGCCUGGAACAGGUGGAGAUGUGUCUCCUGGGUCAUUCCCUACAACAGACUAUCAAGGUUUUUCGGCUGUACAAGUGUGACACUGAAGAAUUCAUCACAUACUACCCAAAUGACCACAAGAACGACUGGCCCCAUCUAGUUUUACUCACAGAAGACGACCGACACUACAAUGCACUCAUACCUAAAAAGUCAUCCAGAUUUGAUGAAUAUGGUAGGCCAAAGUGGAAUCCGCCCUCAGACGGACAAUCAAACUUAACGACACCUCUUUAAAGAAUAUAUGGCAAUCACACACAAUCUACAGAGCUCAGGAGUCUGAAUGGGAUGUUUUUGCUUAUUUUAUUUUAAUUUAAAGUAAAACAAAUGAUGUCUUUAUUCUGUUAUCUGCUUAAUUGCGUUUGUAAUCUAUUAUGUGCAAUGGUUUUAUGGAACAUCAUUUUACAUCCAGCUGGAAUAGAUUUUUUUUGAAUAUAAUUCCAUUUCCGUUUAUAUGGUUAAUUAUUGCUUUGCAUAUUAUAAUAAAAAUGAAAGUGUAAAUCUA